AUGAUCUCGCCGGCGCCGCCGUCGCCCCCUCCUGCGGGGAGGAGCAGCAGCGCGUACGCCGCCGUGGGCGACGUGUACGCCGAGUACGACGCGAGCAGCUCUUCGCGGCCCGUGACGGCGGCGAGCUCGCACUCGGCAUACACGCACUCGACGUCGCCGCCGACGUCGACGACGCAGACGCACGCGCAUCCGCCCGGCGAUGGCAGCAAUCCGCACACACACACGCACUACCACCUCGUCGAGCCGCCGCUCAUCACGCCGCCCGACCCCGAGCCGGGCCUGCAGCAGCAGCAGGACGCAGCCGUGACCGGCCUCGGGCUCGACCUCGGCGAGCCGCUAGAGUACGGCGUGGACCUCCCGCGCCGCAGCUUCGAGUUCCCGCCGCGCAACCACGCCGACAUCGCCAUGCCCAAGGAGGAGGACUGGGCGGCCCAGCAGGGCCUGUACGCUUCCUUGGUGGAGGCGGAGGACGUUGCCGCUGCCGCUGCCGUUGCCGUUGCCGCCUCGCCCCGGUCGUUUGGCGCCGUCACUACGCCCCCGAGCGCACGGCGCAGGAGCCUGCAGCCGCAGCCGCGCGAUAGCGAGUACUCCCUCGCCCACAUUGAGCCCAUCGCGUUUCCUGUCCCCACCGUCAUGAGCGCGUACGGCCGCCAGCCCACGAGCCCGGGAUACCCCACCCGCCUGCCGCCCGCGCCGUACACCGCACCCUCGAGCCCGGGAUACUCUCGCCGUGAGCCGCUCGCGCCGGCACCCAUGCCCCCCAGCCCGGGCUACUCAAGGCGCGAGCCGCUCGCUCCUGCGCCUAUGCCCCCAAGUCCCCAGCGAGCAAUGUACCCUCCGCCAGCACAAAUAACCACCCAGCCCACGGCCACGGCCCGGAUGGACGUCCGCACAUCGCAGCACUCGGCGUCGGGCAGGCUCAACGCCCGGGUCGACACUCCGGCGGGGCAGGUCAAGGUCCGCGGCUGCUUCUGUUGUCUCCGCUAGGAGGGAGGGUCUGAUCUAGGUCUGUAG